AUGGAGUUCGACCGAUCCUCUACAGAGGAGUUAGAAAGCGAGCGCCGAGAGCCCAGAGGCGGCAAGCUCGGCUCCACGAUUCUGAAGACGCCGGAGCAGACAUCAAGCUACCCGUACCGUCAGAACACCGUCUCGACCGUGGUGCUACACGGCGUACCAAUAGUCUCCCUUCUUAUCGACGGCAAAGAGCGUCUGUGCCUGGCGCAGAUCUCCAACACGCUCCUGAAGUCGUUCAGUUACAAUGAGAUCCACAACCGGCGCGUGGCGCUUGGAAUCACGUGUGUCCAGUGCACGCCGGUCCAGCUGGAGAUCCUGCGGCGCGCAGGUGCAAUGCCCAUUUCGUCCAGGCGGUGCGGCAUGAUCACCAAGCGUGAAGCUGAGCGACUGGUCAAGUCCUUCCUCGAGGAUAACAGGCCACCGAAACUUCCGGAUAGCUUCUACUUUGAGGUUCAUCACAACUGCGGAUGGGGUUGCAAAGGCAAAUUUGAGCCAUCGAGAUACAACAGUUCAAGAGCUAAAUGCAUCCGCUGCAAUGUUUGCAACCUAUACUUUUCUCCCAAUAAAUUUAUUUUCCAUUUUCAUCGUACAGCUGAGUCUAAAUACAACCACCCGGAUGCUGCUAAUUUCAAUUCGUGGAGACGUCACCUACACCUGGUACCCGGUACGGACACGGAGGAUAUUUUCCACGCCUGGGAGGACGUCAAGGCCAUGUUUAAUGGCGGAAGCCGGAAGCGGACGAUGUCGUCCCCUUGCUUUCAGGAACCGCAUUCACCCGAGUCACCGCCGGAACCAAAGCGAGCAAAGAUCACCCCAGACGAUAAUUUUUUGAACGCUUCCGCAUAUAGUUCACAAUAUCAAAGCUACCCACUAUUUUCCUUUCCACCGAAAGGCAUGCCCUUCAACGCUUUGCCGAAUUCUAAUCCGAUGUCCCUACAUUAUCCAUUCAACAAAGCAGACCACGGCGAAGAACCAAAGUCAUCUCAUCCGCUGACGUUUAACCCAUGGAGGCAGCCCAAUGACUUUGUUAUACCUCCUUAUGAUUUUUUCUGGGCAAGUCAGUUUACCCAUCGGUCCUCUAGUCAUCUUCCCGGAUUUCGAGCUGAAUUCGGGCAUUCCUCCCCCGUGAAAGAACUGACCCCCUCAGAACACUCCCUCAGGCAUUCAUCGUCCGAGGGACACUCAUCCUCCGAAGAGGAAGAACCCGUGUAUAAAACCCCCGAAGAAACACAUCCUUCCGGAAAAUCACGCAUCUCGGCGUUCAGACCCGUUGGAAAACAGGCUAGAAACCAGCAUGAACCCGACCAUAAACAUCUUAAGGACAUCCAUGUAAGGGAUGACGUAAAUGACAGUGAAGAUUUGGAAAUUGACGUGGAGGACGGGAAUGAUAUUGAAAAAACUGAUUUUGGUGAUAAUUUAAACAAGGCGAGAGACAUUAAAGAAUCUGAAUGUCAUCAUGUCAGAAGUUCAAAGGAACAAUCGAUGCAAGUGCUUUCACCUGCCUCAGCCGUCACAUCUCCGUGUGGGCCCAAAAAUAAUUCACCGACUGUUAAUAUAACAGUAAUUGAUACGGGUUCACCCAAGGCGAGCGAGGGCGACACGAUAUCAACUAACAACAAUGAAAUCCCGGACACGAAGCGGGCGACCACAAACAUAAAGGAACGAAGAUUGUACGACUCCGAGGAACUUGAAGGCAUGACAAAAGAGGAGUUGCAACAGACGCUAGAACGCGAGAUGGCGGUGCGUCGCCGCGUGGAGGGCGACAUUCACCGGAUCCGGAAAUCCUUGGAGGAGCAGGUGCACAAGGAGAAGAAUCAGAGGGACGAGAUUUCCUCCCAACUGCAGGUCAUGAAAGUGGCUCUGUGUAACGAACUCGAGCAGGAACGGAAGAUCCGCUUAACGAUGCAACAAAAACUAAGAGAAGCGCACGAAGCUCUGCACAGCUUUUCUGGAAAGAUGUUUAACGGCAGACCUUGCGCUACAGCCUCCGACAUUCUGAUUGGACGACCGUGAUGACCUGCGAGUAGCAAUAUUGGAAGGCGUGACAGAGAACUUUGUAUUUGUUUUCUAAUAAAACUUAGUAGUGUUUGUGUUAAUAAGAGACCUAGUUUAAGGAAUGAUCAUUUUCUCCCCCAUGUAGUAUUCCCGUCUGCGUAGUUCUAGUACUAAUGCACGGUAGAUUGGCUCACCUUAAAGUAUCUUAUCAUAUGUGCUCUGUCAGAUGACUGAUAAAUGGCUGUGCAGUGAACUUUUGCAGGAUUACAUUGCAAUAUACGGCUUUCAUUGCAUUUUGACAUUAUGUUAAAUGGGGGUAUGCAUAAAAUAUUUUCCGCUGUUACAGUUGUUAUCUCUACUUUGUAUAAACGACACUAAAGAAUUGUUUAACCCGUUUAUUAUACCUCAGUAACAUGAUUUUGUUACAUAAUUAUUUCCAUUUUUUGUAAUUGUACCACAGUAAUUAUUUAUGUUAUAAGCAAAGUUGUUAAUUUUAUAGAUGUAUAAACAAUUUAUCCUAAUGAAACCAUUCGCUUUGGCAGUAAUACAAUGUUCCCAGUUCAGUAGACAAUAUACCGUGUAUUGUGCUGAUAGGAUAAGUAAAAACCAUUGCAUGUUGCUAAUACAGUGUAGAUUUCUUAUGGUUGUUGGAAGGGGGUCAAAUAAAGGAUAUGUUAAAACUAGGCAUUUAAUCACAUUUAAUUCGUUUUGUAUAAUGUUUGCAUACAUUCCAGCUCUUGCCACCAAAACUCUUGAU